AGACAGAAACAGACACAGACACACACACACAGAGCGCGAGAGACCUCCCCCACACACAGACACACACAGAGAACGCGCGCGAGAGAGACCCCCCCCCCCCACACACACAGAGCUUUAUAUAUUUAUGAUUAACCCGGAAGUGCGUCACUGACCAAUCAACGGGAGGCACCAAAUAUGAACGGCGGCUGUGGUCGCGCUGAGCUGGAGCUGCGGGGAGCGAGAGAGAGGAGUGUUACUGCUGCAUCAAAGCAGGAGAGUGAGACGUGUCCCUGGUUCACCAGCUGUAGGGACCCUAACUAGGAGCCAUGGAGAGCGCAGGCUGGGUUCAGAAACACAUCCAUCAUCAAACCUGCCCCCUCUCACACACACUCUCACACACACUCUCACACGGUGAGGACACGAGGACGUGUGGACAGGAGCGUGUAAACGUCAGCAGGACUGACACGCCGAAGGAGAACAUGUCCAGCUCCCAGAGACAGGGGAGAGACGGACACUACCUGUCUCAUCCUCAGUGGUGUGAGACUCCCAAACUGACCAAGAAGGACAUGUCUCUGCGCAGACGUCUCCUCGCAUCCAAAUCCGUGACCGAGGUGAAGACGAGCAUCUCCAGGACGCCGAGUUGCGGGGACGUGUACACACACAGCGAGUCGGACUCUCCGGACGUCCUCCUGAGCGGCCCGCUCUCCUACAGCACGCUGAGGUCCGACACGGUGAGUGUGGCCUCCAUGAAGCGCCGUCUGGUGUUCUCUCAGGCUGUGACGUCCACACUGGAGGAUGAGAAGGACGGGGCGAGCCCCCCUCUGUCCGAGCCCGAUUUGGACGAGAGCAUCAUCUCGGGGCUGUUGCUGUCGGAGACGCCGGAGAUGCUGCGGGGACGAGACGGCUUCCAGACCCCUGUUACUCGUCUGGCCGCCAAUCUGUCUGAGAGCCUGAGCGUGCUGAGCACUCCUUCACACACGCCUCUCUCUGGACUGGACACAUCCGAGGACAGCGGCUUCGGCUCACUGCCAUUGGACGGUUUGGAGGAUGGCGGUAACGACGGCUCGUUCCAGGAGGGGGCGUCACGGGUCGCGCUCGGCCGAGACCACCGCCGCUCCAGACUCGAACACCAACGCAGACUGUCCACGCUCAGAGAGGGCUCCCAGUCAGACGACGAGGUCAAAGGUCGGUGCAUGCAUGGGCGGGGCCUAAAGCUGGAGGAAGAGGUGUUUGCAGAGACUCCGCCCCUCAGGGCAACACAACCUGUCCUGUCACUCACUCCUGCACUGCAGGCCAUGGAGGCCCUCAGUCGCUCGUUCACUCUCUCACAGGACACUGACCAGCCAAUCACAACGCGCCUGCCGCUCUCGCACCUGAUUGGCCGGAAGAUGGGUUUAGGCAAGAUGGAUGUUCUUGCAGAGCUCCACGUGAGGAACCUGCACCAUGUCCUGUCCUCCAUCCUGCAUCUGCUCUCUGCCAGAGACAUACACACGUGUACUCAGGUGUGUGACUCCUGGAGUGACAUAAUCCUGCAGGACAGGAAAGCCAAUCGCAGAAGGAGGACGUACGAACGAGAGCAGAAACACACACUGGAGAUGGGCGGAGCUGCUCGUGUGGUGGAUGCAGAGACGCGGUUAGCACUAGCAUGUCGCUCGGCUCUGGGUAGCGUUCAGGCUCAAGCUAAAACUCCCAACACUCUCACACACACGCCUGCAGCCAGCGGUUCUCUCACACACACGCCUGCAGCCAGCGGUGCUCUCACACACACUCCACCCUCCACCAAACGCCAACAGUUCCUGCAGGUUGCGAAGACGCUGUUCAGUGACGAGUGUUUGCGUCCGUGUCCCCGGUGUGAACGUCCUGCUCGCUGUCACUCUGUAAAGGCUGAAGGUGUGUGUAGCUGGAGUGAGUGUGUGUUCCAUUUCUGCACUUCCUGUCUGCGGGCCUAUCACGGCUCAGCUGACUGCACACGCCUUCCCAACAUGCACAUACGCAGGAAGGGGCGGAGCCAGCUGUUACCAGGCAGUGCACAGAGCAAACGCAAUAUCAAGAGACUGUGACCCCACACACACACACACACACACACACACACACACACACACACACACCCACCCCCACAAGAGGAGAUCCAACAUGUUCAUGAUAUUGACACUGUGUGUGUAUGUGCUCUUGGGCUGCUAAAGUGGGUUCUCUCAGGCUGCUAAAAUGUGUGUGUGUUCUCUCAGGCUGCUAAAGUGUGUGUGUGUGUGUGAGAUUGUAAAUGAACUCAGUGACUACAUUUUAUGUACAGUACACAUCGUAUCUAAAAUGUGUGUCCUUAAGUUAUGAUGAUCAAUGUGUGUGAGUGAGCGAUGUACUUGCCUGCUGUUUUUUUUAUGGAUUGUUUUAAUAAAGUCUUUUUAUUCCUUUACCUAACUUAUGUCUCAGUGACGUGUGUGUGGGAGAGAAACUGGAGGCUCUAUUUUGUACAGCCAAGAGUAUGCUCCAUGAUUUAUACAGUCUCUAACCCACUACACCACUUUAAUUACCUGUGAUGGGCUUUUUGGGGUGUGUGUGUGUGUGUGUGUGUGUGUGUGUGUGUGUGUACACGUAUGUAUUGAGGGAUUCUGAACAGCUCUAAACAUGGCCCAGCCAAUCAGAUGAUAGAACCCAAACCUUCACUUUGAUGUAAAUGUAGAUCAGGAACAUUUCAGGAGCAACAAACACCUCUGAAAACUUCUCAUCUUCUGCUAUACCAUUAAAACAAUACAGCACCUGAAACUGCCCCCUAGUGGUGACUAAAUAUCCCCUUCAACCUGUCCUCCCAACUUCUGUCCCAG